UCCCGUUCGUACGUACCAUACACUGUACCUACCUGGCCUACCCAUCCGUACCUACCUUACCUUGCUUGCCCAAUCUUUGGUCAAGGUUUCUCACCGGCCCAGCAACCAUUACCAAGGGCCCCCGACGAGAAGGCAAGGUACACACGAGGCAGGCCGCAGACCACACUAAGAAGAACGGUCCCUGGUGGGUUUGCCAUGCCUUCCUUGAGGCUCUGAAAUCCAGACUUUUAGUCAGUGCAUCCACUGUCCCAAAAGUUUGGUUUUCACCCAAGGCCCUGCCAGUUCCGCUCUGUUCUUGUUCGGUCGUGAUCUUUCCAACCUCUUCUUUGCACAUUGUAUGUUUGCUUCCCCCGAAUAGCCUCUGCCCUCCCCCGGUCGUGGCCAUGGCGUCCGAUCCUAUGGGAGCUCGAAAGGCUCACAGGAGUUCAGAAGGCUCCCACAUACCUCCGAAAUACUACCACGCCGACCGUUAUACUGCCAACGCCGCUGUCUCCUCCUUCUCCUCCUCCUCCUCCCGAAGAGCCGACCGCGACGCCGCUCACCGAUCCGCCCCCGCCGCUCCGAAGAGACAUACACCUCACUACGCCGUCCACCGAGAGUCUUCGAUCGAGCCAAUACGGCCUUCUGCCUCUGCCUCCGAACAACCUGCCAACUAUCGGGACUCCUUCAUCUCCAUCGUCGACGACCCGUUCUUCCUGCGAUUUGACGAUAACAACAUUGAAGGGGCUCUUGCACUCGACCCCCGUUGGACUGCAACUUCAUUUGACGACGCCGACGCCGACGCCGAAGACGAAGGAGACAAUAACGAAAACGAAAACGCGGGCGAUAGCCAGGAAGACGAAGACGAGGAGGAAGAAUUCGAUUUCGACGCUUUCGAGUUCCGCGAUGACGACACGCCCAACGAGCGCUGGCCGCCCCCAAGAAGAGAGUCGUUGAUAAUAGGACAUUCCUUGUACUGGCAACCACCAACCUCCGCCAUCAUGGAGAGCCUCAAUAUCGCAGUCAUUGGCGCCUCGGGCGUUGGCAAGUCGUCCUUCGUCCAGCGCGUGCUGGGCCUAUCGCGACCGCCCAUUACCAAUGCAUCCAGCGUCCGCAUGGUCGUUGACAAUGUCACCUACGGCGUCACGCUGAUCGAGCUAGACCUCGAGUACUUUGAGCUCAAUCCGCUACAGCCCAUCCAGUGGCCGAAACAGAUCAACGGCCACAUCGUCCCGCGGGUCGAUGGCGCCCUCAUUAUCUACGAUGUCAUGAAUAAGGAGAGCAUGAAGGAAUUGCCUCAAACGAUUGCUGCUUUAACAAAGUCGGGUCUGCCGGCCGUCCUCGUCGCCAAUAAAUGCGAUCAUCCCGAGAGCGAACGGCAGGUUGAUUCGCAGCGAGUCGCCAGCCACGAGUAUUUCAAGUCAUGCGUUGGGGUUUUCAAUCUAUCAACAAGUAGUCCAGAACGGGCCAGAGCGUGUUUAAACACAACUUUGAAAGCCUCGAUCGCUUACCGCAAGGAAUCACAAUUAGAAUCGGGCAUGCCCCGCCGCCGUGCAGCGUCGGCGGCCAACCUCGAGGCCCACGACAGCUCCAACGGACGCCCGCUAAGUCAGCAGAGUAAACAUAGCCGAGCGAGCUCUGAUUUGUCGCUUCUUCGAGGUGUUCCCCCUCCCAUCCCCGAUCACUUACGUGGCCCACAUCCUCCACGGAGUCCUCGAAUAGCCGACUUUGGUGGUGCGCCUUCAAGUUCGGGCUCGUUCGGCCCAUCAGAUACCAUUGAGGAGGAGUCUCAACAAACUGUCUCGAGUCAGCUACGGACACCUGGGAUACGUCUCGACCGCGGGCCAACGGAUUCGUUUCUAGAUAUGGAGGAAUCAGACGCCGAAUCAUUCAGGUACUCGGAGGAGGUUCCCAUUCUACAACGGAGUGAUGAGAGCUUCCUCGAGAAGCCGACCAAGGCCACAGGGGUGGCCUUUGAAGAACUUGUCGACCGGCUCAUUGCUCCCCGGAUGACCAAAGCAGACAACAACUUUUCGGACGUUUUUCUGUGCCUCUACCGAAAGUUUGCCGCACCUGGCGAACUCUUUUCAGCAAUUCUCACGCGACUUGACCGCGUCAGAGACGACAAAUCAGCACAUUAUCUUUCCAAGACCGCAACACAACUCAGAAUCAUUGAAGUUGUCGCAAAAUGGGUAUCGCUGUACCCUGGCGAUUUUGCGCGGUCAGGCACGAGGCGAAACCUAGAAGAGUUCAUCAAGCAUCUCUCCACCGAGCCGAUCUUUUCCAUCGCUGCGCAGCAAAUUCGGCGACAUCUCGAGUUUAGUGUGGUGGAGGAUGACAACACCGGGUGGGCAAAGUCAGACGAGGUUGCAGACGAAGAAGGCAGCAAACUGUUGUCGAGGGAGAAGACGCGCUCUACAUCAGACAUGUCCAACGGUAUGAUCACCCUGAGCAUCGACGACGACAGGACUACAGAUGAGAGACCUUCCGGCAGCUCCGACUUUUCCCAAGUGGACAGGACUAGUAGCGUGGGUACGCAUGUUUCGUUUCACUCGUACGACGAAUACGAAAGAGAGGCGGCGAACAUGGAGCCCACGGAUGUGCUACCGAUGAACAAGUUCCGUUACCACAUUUUCAUGGACAUCACGGACGACGACAUCGCCGAUGAGAUGACACGCAUCGACUGGGUUAUGUUCUCUUCUAUCCGCAUCAGAGACUUUGUGCGGCAUGUGAGUCUCUCCCUGGAGCAACGAUCCAAAUGCAAGAGUCUCAAGAACGUGAAUCGGAUGAUUAACCACUUCAACCACGUGGCGAAGUGGGUUGCCAAUCUGAUAUUAUUACGAGACAAGGCAAAGCAUCGGUCCCAGAUGUUGGAGAAGUUUAUGAACAUUGCACAAAAGCUGCGGCGACUCAACAACUACAACGGUUUGGCGGCGGUGCUCGCAGGGAUCAACGGCACGGCGGUCCAUCGGCUGGCGCAGACAUGGGCACUAGUACCGCCUGAAGCGCAAAAGUCGUUUGCAAAAUUGGGCAUUCUCAUGGGCACACAAAAGAGUCACUUUGCGUAUCGCCUGGCAUGGGAGAAUUCCCCGUUGCCGCGGAUACCAUACAUUCCACUGCACCGGAGAGACCUGGUCUCGGCCGAGGAAGGAAGCAAGACAUUUGUGGGACCUGAAGGCGAUAGAGUUAAUUGGAAGAAAUUCGAGGUACUUGGGGAAGUACUGCUGCCGCUCAUGAAGAGUCAAGGAACUGCAUACCCGAACCUCUCGAAGCACGAGGCAGCUAGAGAGCUGAUUUUGGACUGCAGGAUGCCAACAGACGAAGAAGAAAUAUAUCAACGGAGUGUACAGCUGGAAAGCACGGCGGGCGGCGGUGCCGAGUACAACAAGAAGAAGUUCCCAUGGUUCGCCAAAUAGAAUCUGGCAAAUGGGCGAAGUGUCUCGACGGAAAGACUCUUUUGCCCAACGACGACGAGAGCAUAGAAGGACGAAGGCGCAACGUCUGCGGGCAAGCUGGUCAUUAGCUCGCGCGAGACGUGAUGGCGCAUGCAUGCGUACAUAUCAACGUGUCGGGUUCACGCAGCGAAGUGGGACUGUUUCUAGGCGAUUUGGCUCGAAUUUCACGUUAUAGAUAUCCUGUUCAGCAAUUGAUAUCGAGGUCGAUGAUGGCCUCGAAUUACACUGUCG